AUGUACACUGAUCAUCAGGGCACUGAUCAGUGUGCCCUGAUGAUCAGUGUGGCCCCAGAAGUGCCACCUGUCAGUGCUCACCAGUGCCACCUGUCAGUGCCCAUCAGUGUCACGUGCCAGUGCCCAUCAGUGCCACAUCAAUGCCACAUAUCAGUGCAUACCAGUGCACAUCAAUGCCACAUAUCAGUGCCCAUCUGAGCUGCCUUUCAAUGUCACCCAUCAUUGCCAGUCAGUGCCACCUAUCAAUGCCAAUCAGUGCCACCUAUCAGUGCUGCCAAUCAGUGCCACCUAUCAGUGCCAGUCAGUGUCGCCAGCAGUGCCAUGCUAGUCAGUGCCGCCUAAAGUGCCAGUCAGUGCCACCUAGCAGUGCCAGUCAGUGCCGCCUAUCAGUGCCAGUCAGUGCUGCCUAUCAAUGCCGCCUAUCAGUGCCAUAUAUCAGUGUCAUGUAUCAGUGCUGCCUUUCAGUGCCCAUCAGUUAUGCCUGUCAAUGCCCAUCAGUG